UUUCAGAUUAUUUUGAUGAUUUGAUUUGCCUGCGAAUCUCUGGAAGAACCCCCAAAAUGUCGUGGUUUUUUCAAUCGAAAAUUGCAAAAUCUCACUUUUAUGUGUGGUAUUUAGGUUCAAAAGAAGCUGAUGGUGUAAGGGGAAGUGCGGUUGUUCUACCAGUAAUGCGGCAACUUUUGAAAGAAAGUUUCAAGAAAACUCCAAGCAAAGCUACAGUUCAGAUUUCGUCAAAAGGUCUCAAACUUAUUCAAUCUGUGCCAGCAAUGUCAAGAAGUGGAAAAGUUAAAAUGCAAUUGGUGAAGUUUCAAAUUGCCGCCAAUUGUAUUACUUAUAGUAUAACCGGAAAAGCACCAUUCGAUGAUGUAGUGGGAGUUGUGAUGCUUGUAUUGAAUCCAGAAAUGCAAUCACCAAUGCAUGUUCACUGUUAUCGAUGUGAUAGUGCUGAAACUGCACAGAUUAUGUUGGCUAAUUUACAGUUACUGCUCUCUCGACCUGAUGUACAAAGAUCUAUUAACGAUUUGGAGCAUCGGUUAUUCUUGUCAGGACUAUUAGUUCCAAGAAAUAACAAUAACUCGGAAGGAAGUGUAAAUCAAAAUGCACUUCGUCCACAAAGAAGUUGCUCACAGUCUAGAAGUGUCAGUAGAUCAACAGCUGGAUUCGAUGAACGAUCAUCUCCAUUGGAACGAGAUCAAAGAAGCAGAACAACUGAUAUUGAUGCACCACCCAGACGGCUGGCGCCAACGAUUUCAAGGAGAGUCGUCGAUGAAUUGAAAAACAAAAUAAUCGGAGAAUCACGAAUCGGAAAUAUGAGUCGGAGUCGAGAGAGCUCUUUGAAUCGAUAUGAGUCAGAAAAACGAGCAUCAUUAUCAGAGCUCCCAAUUGAAACAGACUCUUCACGAUAUAGAAUGUUUGGAGACACAAUGCUACGAGAUACAAAAAACAAAUCGAGAAGUUUGGACGAUUUGGCAGCUGAUCCACUUGUUUCCACAAAUCUUCGCGGCAGUGAUCUGGCACCACCACCACCGCGCCGAUUCCCACGAUCUGAAUAUGUGGCUGACCCUUUUGGGCACAACUCCUACGAACGGACGAACACCUUAGAAGGGUUUUGGAAACAAAAAAUGCGCCGCUCCAGCAGCAUCAAACUCGAUUUUUAGGUCUCUGAAGUCCUAAUCCAUGUAAAUAAUUAUUUGUAUUUUUUAUAAUGCUUUACAACUCAACUGUUUGAAAUAAAUAUAACUAAUUUCAUG